UAUGGGAAAGAAGAAACCAGAUAGUUUUUUAAGUUAAUUAUCUAAAUUGUUUAAUGGUGAGAAAAUCAUUAAAUUAACUAUCAAGAGAAGUAUAUAAGUUAUUUAUUAUUUAUAGAUUUGAAAGAGCAAUAUCCACAACUUCGAAAAAGAUUGAGAAGAAAAUAGAAGUAACAAUUAUUGAGUGAAAUUAAAUAAGUUAAUGAUAUUAAUGAAAUUAUCAUUAGAUCAUAAACACAGAAAUUAACAAUUUCUACAUCUUCAAAUAAAUAACAAAUUAAUAAAUUUGCUGAUUCAUUAUCUAAUAUCUAUCGUUUAUAUUGUCACGAUCAAUAGAAAUAGAUUAAAGUAUGUUUUUUUGUCUAUUUAGAAAAAACCUGUUUUAUUACCAACUUAACCUAAUGCUAAAUCUAAAACUUAAUAAAGAUUAAAAGCCAAAAAAUUGAGAAACAAAGAAAGACGAUAAAAAAGACAUGAACUAUAGAAAUUAAAGAAAAAGGAUUUGCAAAGAUAAAAAACAUUUGCAAGCAAAAAAAGAGAAGAUUAAUAAUAAUGAUAUAUGU